UGAGAUUUCGCCGGCGAGAGAAGAGAGAGAGAUCCAUCGAUCCAACGGUUAAGAUGUUCCUUCGAUCAAUCGGACGGCCACUACUGGCCAAAGUGAAGCAGACGACGGGGAUCGUGGGUCUCGACGUCGUACCGAACGCAAGAGCGGUGCUGAUCGAUCUGUACAGCAAAACCCUAAAGGAGAUCCAAGCGGUGCCUGAGGACGAAGGAUACCGUAAAGCGGUGGAGUCGUUCACGCGCCACAGGCUCAAUGUGUGCAAGGAGGAAGAGGAUUGGGAGGCGAUUGAGAAGCGGCUUGGGUGUGGUCAAGUGGAGGAGCUGAUUGAAGAGGCGCAAGAUGAGCUCACACUUAUUGGGAAGAUGAUCGAAUGGGACCCUUGGGGUGUUCCAGAUGACUACGAGUGUGAAGUAAUUGAGAACGAUGCACCAAUUCCAAAGCACGUUCCACAGCACCGACCUGGUCCUCUCCCUGAGGAUUUCUACAGAACCCUUGAAGGUCUAAUUUCAGAUUCCAAAACAAAAAUCCCAGCUGCUGCUACCUCCACUGAUCCUCAGUUGAAGGAGUAACUUCCAUUUUUCACAUUGUUUGUUUGUGUACUUUGUUUGGCUACUGUUCAGAGACAGCGAGCCUCUGAAUAAACUGCUUAAUAAUCUUGAAAACUAGCACAAUGUUUACUCUUUUCAUAAAUGUUUUAUCUUUCUUCUCAAAGACAAGCCUAUGAUAAUACAAAUGAUGUUUCAUCCCCUUUGCAAGAGUAUUUACCUUUCUUAAGAACAUGUAUUACAGUUGUAUUCUUGAGUCA